AAUAAUUGAAUGCCCUUCUGGCACGGUAGCGGCGGCGAUGAACACGGCGGGCGAAGCAGAUACUGAAACGAUGCCGGUGGUGGCGGCGGAGAUGGCGGAGGCGCAGUACGUGAGGGCGAAGACUGCAGUGUGGUGGGAUAUAGAGAAUUGUCAAGUCCCCAAAGGUGUCGAUGCUCAUGGAAUUGCGCAGAACAUUAGUUCUGCACUUGUGAAGAUGAAUUACUGUGGUCCAGUCUCGAUCUCCGCUUUUGGCGACACGAAUCGUAUUCCUCCGGCGAUACAGCAAGCCCUUAAUUCCACCGGAAUCGCCCUCAAUCACGUCCCCGCCGGAGCAAAAGAUGCGAGUGAUAAGAAGAUUCUUGUAAACAUGUUUUGUUGGGCGCUGGAUAAUCCUGCGCCUGCAAAUUUUAUGCUGAUCUCAGGGGAUAGAGACUUCUCCGAUGCUCUUCACCAGUUGAGGCUGAGACGGUACAAUGUUCUUUUGGCGCAGCCUCGCAAAGCAUCGGUGCCGCUAGUUCAUGCUGCAAGGACAGUAUGGCUUUGGACAAGCCUCUCAGCUGGUGGAAGCCCUCUCUCACGAACCGAAAGCUUACAGCUUAUUGCCAAUGCGACGUUACCAACUUCUUCUGUCUCAGAGACAUCCCCAACUCAGGAGUAUGUUCCAUCAAGCCAACCUCUGGAUUCAAAUCCUGACACCAGAAGAAAUUUUGAUAACAAAUUCAAGGUUAAAUACCUUCCGAAAUCGUCAAAUCAUCAGCCUGCCGCACCAAAGGUUCAGGAAAAUAAGCCUAACGAUAACCAACGUCAGCAACAGAACACUCAAGGAAAGCUGUUUAAGAAACCACAUGAGUUUCUUACAAGUAGUGAGCCAUCUGUCUCCACCACCAUACCUGCUCCCAUUUUACCCACUAGCAAUGUUAACUCUUUCCCUGGUAAUGUGAUGAGUAAUCCUCAGAAUCAGUACAAUUAUCCUCCUCGACCUGUUCCUUUUCCUCCUAGACUACCUUACCCUAACAACCCUGAUCCUUCUUGGAAUAAUGGAAAUAGCAUCCCAAACCAUGCGCAGAACUAUUAUCCCAAUGCUCCCAGGCCUGGUGCUCCUAAUAUCCGGCCGUCUUAUGGUAAUGUAUUCCGACCUUAUCGCCCAGAGAAUCCGCAUCCUCCUAUUGGUAAUGGUUUCCGUCCAAUGCAUCCCAGAAAUGAUGGCCCUAGAUACCCGUCUCCUCCUCUAAUGGCUGCACCUGAUCUCAGCAACUUAAGUGUAUCUCAAUACCCGAGUCAAACUCAAAAUCGUCCUAAAUUCAAUCCUCAGGUUAGACAUGAGUUCAGACCAAAGAUGGAAUCCUCACAUUCUCCUAGCUUAAACGGUCCAAAUAAAGGUAAUCUUCCACGGUCUAGUAGUGGUAGUAGUGCCCCAGUAACUCGUUCUACUACAACCACAGGCUACACCAACUCUUCCACUCCUGGAGUCUUACCUUCUCAGCCUUCAGUUGUUACUACUGUAUCUGGUUCCAGCAAUGGUGUGUGGGGAACACAAGAGUGCCCACCACCAUCUGAGUAUGUUCAAGGCCUUAUAGGCGUUAUCUUACAUGCUCUAAACAUCUUGAAAACCGAAAAAAUUAUGCCCACCGAGCCCAAUAUCUCGGAUUGCAUUCAGUAUGGAGAUCCAAAGCAUCGCGGUACUGAUGUAAAGAAAGCUUUAGACGGUGCAAAGGAGCAUCAUAUGAUCAUGGUGAUAAAUAUGGGAAAACUAAAGCUUUACAUUGGCAAAGAUGAAGCUCUAUGGAACUGUGUAAACCCUUUAGGGGGCAACCCUAAGCAAUACCCAAAACCAACUUGGGAUAGAAUACAACAGUUUCUAACCUCGUCUUCUGGGCGAGAGGCGAUUAUGUCAACUCAGUGCAGGUACGAAGCUGCACAAGUUCUGAAAAAGGAAUGCCUAAAAGAGUACACUUUAGGUGACAUAGUUCAGAUCUUGAAUAUAACAACAACCUCGAAGAAAUGGAUUACUCAUCAUCAAACAGGAUGGAAACCAAUUACUAUUAACCUUGCUGCGGAAACUACAAACGAGAAAGAUAAUCCUGAAACCGUGACAGGUAUCCAAACUGUUGCCUGAAAAUCAAUCUUUGUUCCGUGAAAUACUGAAGAUGUAGUGGUAGCCAACUAGCCAUAAGCAGAGCAUAUGUGGGUUACUACUUUGAAUACCAAACCUAGAGAACUAAGACAUGGAAACUAGUGUUUUCCAUAUCAAAAACUGCAGAAUGCAAUGAUUCUGAAGUCUAAGUAGUAGUACUAUAGUAGUAGAUGCACUUUUUUUUUUUCAUUUUACUUUAGUCGGUAAGUGAGUCAAGCUAGAAACUUGGGGGAUGGUUAAGGUACAUGGUUGGGUUCAUAAAAACCUUAUUGUUACUAUCAAGAAGAAGGUUGCCUAAUUUCAUCUGCUGGAGAAUAAACAAGUUUAUGGGAGAGAAACGUUGAUUUGGGAAUCUCUGCAUCACUAAAGUUUCCGCAAUCUGUUUCUUUUGGUCUCAGAUAUUUACGUGAUAUUCCAAUGUCGUUGGGGGGAUAAUACCUGUAAUUUCAACUCUUUUUUUUUUUUUUUACUUAUGACUUUUUCUGAAUCAUGUUUCGAGAGUACCUUAUUGUGUGAUACCUUUAUCUAUUCAAUGGUAUUGAAAAACUAUCUUUAUUC